GCGCGCGACAUUUGCCGCGUCCAUCGGUAGGCGCCUUUAUCCAUGCCCAAAAACGUGACCGGUGUCGGUGCUACAAGUCGACAUAUUAACCGGUGUCCUCGCGCGCGAAUCGCAACCCGCAACUGCUUUCCGAUUGUUUUCGACGACGACUGGAGGUGACAUUCGGCAAGAUGGGCGACGACCUGCCGUAUCGGGUGGAAUAUGCGAAGAGCGACCGGUCCAAGUGCCAAUUAUGCAAGAAAUCCAUCAGCAAGCUGAGCCUGAGGCUCGCCGCCGUCGUUCAGAGCCCAGUUCACGACGGGAAGGUACCUAAAUGGUAUCACUCCAAGUGCUUUUUCAUGAAACAAAGGCCAAAGUCUACCAACGACAUAGCUUGUUUCGAUGAGAUUCGCAACGCAGACCAAGAUGCAAUUCGGAAGAAUCUCGAGAAAGCCCGUGACGCACCUCCAGCAAAGGGGAGGAAGAGGACCAAGGGUGGCGGCGGUUCUGGAGACUUCAAAGUGGAAUACGCCAAGUCCAGCAGGUCCACCUGUAAAGGGUGCGAGGAGAAGAUAGUAAAAGGCGAAACAAGAAUAUCAAAGAAGGAUUACGAGAGCGAGGAGGCUAGGAGGUUCGGUGGUAUGGACAGAUGGUAUCAUGUGGAAUGCUUCGCGAAGCUGAGAGCGGACCUGGGAUAUUACGGAAGGGGAAGCGAGCUCCCGGGUGCCACGGAUCUCUCGAAGGAAGAUCGCGAGAAACUCGAGGCUUCGCUGCCCAAGAUGGCUCAGGGUGACGUGCCGCCACCUCCUAAAAAGGUCAAGGACGAACAGGAAGACGCGGAGGAGGAAAAGUUUAUAAAGAAGCAAAAUGAAGAACUGUACAUGAUAAAGGAUCAAAUGUCAGGCCUUGCUAAAAAAGACAUGAUUGAGAUAUUGGUAAAAAAUCGUCAGGAGAUUCCAACUGGCGAAUCGAAUAUCUUAACCCUUUUAUCUGAUAUAAUGUAUUUUGGAGCUCUACAACCCUGUCCAAAAUGUAAAGGGCAACUCAUAUACAACUCUGGUUUGGGUUAUAAGUGCACUGGUAAUGCUACGGAAUGGUCUAAAUGCGAAUACGUUACACAAGAUCCAAAAAGAAAAAAGUGCGAGAUACCGAGCGACAUGAAGAAAGAUUUCCCAAUUAAGUCAUACAAGUCCAAGGUAAAGAGACGAAUGUUUAAAGUAACAGCGCCGUCGUCGUCGAGUUCUAUUAAGAAAGAGGAGGAUGAAGCCGAUGGACCGAAAGUACAAGGAAAGCCGCGUCCUUUGAAGAACAUGCAAUUUGUUAUACUAGGUCGUACACAGAGAGACAAAGAGGAACUGAAGAAAGACAUUCAACUGUUAGGUGGUACUGUUACAACAAAGAUCCAUCAAGAUUUGGCCGCUGUAAUUUCGAACGAAAACGAGGUGGAAAAGAUGAAUAAGAGAAUGGAGGAUGUCAAGUUGCAGGACAUUCAAGUGAUUACGGAAGAUUUUAUAGAAGAAGCGAAGGAGUACACGGAUGCCCCCAUCAUGCUUCUGAAAAAGAAGACCAUUUCUAGCUGGGGCGGCGAUAUUAACGCUAGGCUGUCUAACGUCAUCGCGAAAUCCGGUGCCUCCAAGAGCAAGAGCAGGUUUGAGAAGUCGAGUUCCGGUAAAGUGAAGGUAAAGGUGAAAAGCGGCGGUGCUAUUGAUCCCGACAGCGGUUUGGAGAAUACUGCGCACAUUUAUCAGAAAGGCAAGGACAAAUACACCGUGACGUUAGGUCUGACGGACAUACAGUCGCAGAAGAACAGUUACUACAAGAUGCAAAUUCUGGAGCAUGAUCAUAAGUCGUGGUAUUGGUUGUUUAGAAGUUGGGGCCGGAUUGGCACCACGAUCGGUGGUAACAAAUUAGAGGAAAACUCCUUGGAUGUUUGCGUACGUCAGUUUGAAUCGUUGUACGAGGAGAAGACUGGUAAUGAGUGGCAGAACAGGGAUCACUUUGUUAAGAGGCCGAAUUUGAUGUAUCCGAUCGACAUAGAUCACGGGGAUCAGGAGGUUGCUUCCCUGGACUCGGACAUCAAGAGUAACCUGCAGAAACCACUUCAGGACCUGAUGCGCCUUAUUUUCGACGUGGCCGAGAUGAAGAAGGUCAUGUUGGAGUUCGAGAUAGACAUGGACAAGAUGCCGCUCGGGAAGUUGUCCAAGAAACAAAUCGAGAGCGCCUAUGCCGUUCUAACGGAGUUGCAAGAGAUACUGAAGAAUAGUAACGUAGACCGCACCACGCUGAUCGACGCUUCCAACAGAUUCUACACGCUGAUACCGCACAACUUUGGGGUGUCCGGACCGAAGAUACUCGAAACGUCGGAGGAGAUUCAGAGCAAGUGCGAUAUGCUGGAGGCGCUGCUUGAGAUGGAGAUCGCGUACAAUCUUCUGUGCGACAAGACCGACGAGAAGGAGAAUCCGCUCGACAGCCAUUACAAGCAGCUGAAGACAGACAUCGAUGUGCUGGACAAGACGAGCGAAGAGUUCAAGAUGAUUGAGACGUACGUCAAGAACACUCACGCGGCCACCCAUAUGCAAUACGCCCUCGAGAUCGAGGAGGUGUUUGUCGUCAAGAGAAACGGCGAGGAACAGAGGUUCAAACCGUUCAAGAAAUUACCCAACAGAAAGUUGCUCUGGCACGGGUCUAGGACCACAAAUUAUGCCGGAAUUCUAUCGCAGGGUCUGCGCAUCGCGCCGCCGGAAGCGCCCGUUACUGGCUACAUGUUCGGCAAGGGUAUAUACUUCGCCGACAUGGUGUCCAAGUCCGCAAACUAUUGCUGCACGCACAGCCAGAAUCCAACCGGUUUGCUGCUGCUCUGCGAGGUCGCUCUGGGUAAUAUGUACGAGAGGUAUCAUGCGGAUUACAUCGAGAAGCUCCCGAAGGGAAAACACUCGACGCUUGGUCGUGGCACGACGCAGCCCGAUCCGCAAAAGGUUUACAAGACCAAGGAUGGCGUCGAAGUACCCUACGGAAAGGGGGUGUCUACCAAGCUCGACAAAAAUUCGGCAUUGUUGUACAAUGAAUACAUUGUAUACGAUGUCGCUCAGGUGAAAGUGCGAUAUCUGAUAAAAAUGAAUUUCAAAUACAAAUAUUAAGAUACGAGGAUUUCAUGGUACAGUUAAGGGUUUUAAUUUUGCGAGAUUGCAUUUCCUUACCUUUUCUUAAUUAAAGUUGGCAUCUAAAGUAUAAAUUCCAGUGAAGAUUCCGUUAGGGUUCCAGGUGUUAAACUUUGUAAAACUACUCUUUUUACUUUUAAUGAUAAUCAUUUGCAUUACGUUAUAUAAUUAUUCUACUGUGUGUCUUGUUGUGUAUGCAAUUUGUUUCACGUGCACCAAAUAGUAUCUGCUACCUCGAAUAUUGUGAGUGUAAGAUAAUAAAUUUUUCAUAAAAUUAAA